AUGGCAGGCGGCACAGUGAAAUACCGACAUUUGUCGCGAAACUCGGCCCACCGACAGGCACUCCUACGCAAUCUCGUCACAUCCCUCGUCAAGCACGAGUCGAUCCGCACAUCAUGGGCCAAGGCCAAGGAGACGCAGCGCAUGGCUGACAAGCUCAUCACGCUGGCAAAGCGCAAUAAUGAGACGGCGAGGAGGAAGGCGACGGGUAUACUAUUCAAACCCCACGACCUCCUCCCCAAACUUUUCAACGAGCUCCGUCUGCGGUACGCCGACCGCCCGGGCGGGUACACGCGCGUCCUGCGCACCGAACCCAAGUCGACGUACGACCAGGGCGACUCAGCAAUCCUCGAACUAGUUGACGGGCCCAAGGAUAUGCGGUUUCACAUGACAGCAGCAGCGAUCGCGCGAGACGAGAAGCUGGGGCGUCCCCCCACACAACUGACGUUGUUCAACAAGGCGAAGGUGACGCGUUACCGUGCCAACGGCGAGGGCGAGUUCGCCAAGAUGGUUGAGCAGAUGAGAGCGGCGAGGUUGGAUGACCCGGAGACGAGGGAGGAAGGGGUCGAGGAAUCGAAGGGAGAAGAGGAGGAAGAGUAUGAUGAGGGGGGGUUGGGGAGGUGGUGCAGGAGGAUAGGUCAGGAGCUAAAGUUGAGGGUAAGUAUGGGAAGAAAAAGGUAUCAGUCUUGCGGUAGGAGGGCUAAGAAUGCGGAUGUUACAUGA